AUGGCUACCAAGACACAGAACAGCACACCAGCCUCCGAUAUUGUCAGGCCGGCCGCCCUGUGCCAUUUCGUACUGCGGACCAGACCUGAAAACUAUGAUAAGAUGGUCGACUGGUACGUUAGAUUUCUAGGAGGUUGGACCACACACGCAGCAAAGGGUAUCACCUUCAUUGGAUAUGAUGAAGAGCAUCACCGCAUUGGGAUCGUCCCACGAGCCGAUGCCGUUCCACGCCCAACAGACAACCGUCCUAUUGUGGGCCUGGGCCAUGUCGCGUUUGGCUAUAAGGACCUGGCCGACUUGGCCACGUGCUACGAGCAGAAGAAAGCGGCAGGAAUCCACCCAGUCUGGACCGUCAACCACGGCCCAACGACGAGUCUAUACUAUAGAGAUCCGGAUGGAAAUGAGGUCGAAACCCAGGUCGACAACUUUGACACUGUCGAGGAUACUAUUGCCUUCAUGGAGGGGGCCGAGUUUGGGGAGAACCCAAUGGGGGUGGAUUUUGAUCCCGACGAGUUUGUGAAACGUGUGCGGAGCGGUGAAGAUGAGCGCUCCAUCAAGAAGCGACCAAACAUUGGCCCGAGAACCACGAGGUGA